AUGGCUGACGAUGGAAUGCUUCUAAAUUUUGACCUGGGUUCUGGUCCAGUGAAGCCCCAGGUUAAAUUUAAAGGUGGACGUUGGCGUGACAGGAAACAGGCUGAGAAGAGUGCAAGAUUGGCCUUUGGAAAACCGUCGCAACCCAAACCUUCAGGAGAUGGACCUGAGGAGGGCAGAUCUUCAAAACGCCAGAGAACAGACGAUGUGGACUAUGAUGAUGAUUUCGAUUUCAAGUCUUCCAAUAGGUUUAAUGCGCGACCAAGACAUGGAGACUCUGACAGUUAUGGAGGCGCUCACUCAGGUCAGCCUCGAAACCAGCAGUCGGAUGGAAAGUCAAGACAAGUCAUUUCGCGCCUCUUCUCGUUCAAUCCCGCGCAGACGACAGAAGCGGAGGAGAAACAGGGAGAAUGGACUGCCCCAGAAGCGACCAAUGCGCCUCUGUCAGAUGUUGCCAACUUCGGCACCUUGACGAUAUCCGCCAGACUUGUUGAGGAGCUCGGCAAGAUGAACCUGGAGCGACCUACGGCCAUUCAGAACAAGGUCAUUCCUCAUAUGUUGACAAGCAGCUCGGACGCUUUUGUGCAGGCUGAGACUGGUUCCGGAAAGACUUUGGCCUACCUCCUACCUAUCCUGCACCGUGUUCUACAGCUCAGCGAGAAGGGUAAGGUCCAGAUUCACAGAGACUCUGGUGCAUUCGCCAUCAUCGUUGCGCCUACUCGUGAACUCGCCAAGCAGGUUCACACAGUUCUGGAGAAGCUCAUCCGGCCUUUCCCAUGGCUUGUUUCGACAGCGAUUACUGGAGGAGAGUCAAAGAAGGCAGAGAAGGCUCGCAUACGAAAGGGUGUCAAUUUCUUGGUCGCCACCCCUGGACGACUUGCUGAUCACAUCGACAACACUAAAGCGCUCAACCUCAGCACUGUUCGAUGGUUGAUUCUCGAUGAAGGUGAUCGACUUAUGGAUCUUGGUUUCGAGGAGGAUCUGAAGAAGGUUAUUACGACAUUGAAGUCGGUCGACGAAUCUGACAAGCUACCCGAUGGAACACCACUCAAGGCCCUCCCAGAGCGGAGAGUUACAGUACUAUGCUCGGCUACUAUGAAGAUGAACGUCCAGAAGCUUGGAGAGAUGAGUUUGGCAGAUGCGACAUUCAUCGCAGCAAAGAAGGAGGAUAUGGAGAUGGAUAUGGAAAAGAGCGAGAUGAAGGCACCCGCGCAGCUUCACCAGUACUACUCUGUUGUCCCGGCCAAGCUUCGACUUGUCACUCUCAUGUCGUACCUCAAGUCUACUUUCUCCCGGCGUGGAAAGACCAUGAAGGCUAUCGUUUUUAUAUCAUGUGCAGACUCGGUCGACUUUCACUACGAGCUCUUACGAGACCCCAACAGCGGCACCGUGGCACCUGUGGCGGGAGCCAAGGAAACUGGAUCCAAGGAGACAGCAUCUAAGGAGUCCGGAUCUAAAGAAUCAGGAUCUAAGGACUCGGGAUCUAAGGAUUCGGGGUCCAAGGAGACAGGACCCAAGGACGCAGCAGCCAAGGAGGCUGAAGCAAUUUCCAGAACAGUUGGAAAGGCAGCUUAUAUCACUUCACCAGCGAGCCCUGAAGUCAUUUUGCACAGGAUGCAUGGAUCAUUGUCGCAACCGAUCCGUACAGCCACUCUCCGGUCAUUCUCGGCUUGCAAGUCGCCCUCUCUCCUCAUCACCACCGAUGUUUCCUCGCGAGGUCUGGAUAUCCCUUCGGUCGACCUGGUCAUCGAAUACGAUCCCGCGUUCAGCUUUGCGGAUCAUAUUCAUCGUGUCGGUCGAACUGCUCGUGCCGGUAGACCUGGUGACGCAAUGCUAUUCCUCCUUCCCGGAACCGAAGAAGGUUAUAUCGAACUCCUGAAAGCGUCAACACCACCAACACCACAGUCUUAUGACUCUAUUCUUCAGAAGGGAAUGAUGACCAAGCUUGAAUUCCCCGUCGAGACGCCUGCGAAGCCGGAGGAUGGACAGUCUUUCCACAACAAGGCCGAGUCCCUCCAGCUGCAUAUCGAACAGCGUCUCCUCGAGGAUGCCAAGCGACUGGAGCUUGCUCGAAACGGAUUCAAGUCCCAUAUCAGAGCGUAUGCUACUCAUACCAAGGAGGAGAGAAAGCACUUUGACAUUUCGGAGCUACACCUGGGUCACACGGCCAAGAGCUACGGCUUGCGAGAGGCGCCUGGCGGCAUCGGUGCGGGUGUGGAGAGGAAGACCAAGAAGCGGACGAAUAGGGGUGUCGAGAAGGAUCCGGAGCAGGCUGCAGGAGACGAGAGGCAAAACCAGAACAUCAUCAGGAAGAAGAGUAUGAUGUUGAUGAAUUCCGCAGCGGACGAGUUCAAUAUUGGUUAG